AUAGUGAUAUUAGCAUGGCGGAGUCGCUGCUUCUCCCGGUGGUAAGCAGGGUGGCCGGCAAGGCGGCAGACGCCCUCGUCCAGCGCGUCACCCGCAUGUGCGGCGUCGACGACGACCGCCGGAGGCUGGAGCGCCAGCUUCUGGCCGUCCAGUGCACGCUGACCGACGCCGAGGCGAAGAGCGAGACCAAACCUGCCGUGAAGCGUUGGAUGAAGGACCUCAGGGCCGUCGCCUACGAGGCCGGCGACGUCCUCGACGACUUCCGCUACGAGGCGCUCCGCGGCGAGGCCCAGAUCGGCGGCGACUCCGCCGCCCGCAAGGUACUCGGCUACUUCACGCCACACAACCCCCUCCUGUUCCGUGCUGUGAUGAGCAGGAAGCUGGAUGAUGUCCUCAAGAAGAUCACCGAUCUGGUCAUGGAGAUGAGCACCUUUGGCCUGGUAGAGCGUGCGGAGGCGGCACCUGCGAUCCACCCACAGACACACUCCGGCAUGGAUAGCUUGAUGGAGAUCGUCGGCAGAGACGACGACAAGGAGAUAUUGGUGGAUUUGUUGCUUGAGCAGCGUUCCAAGAACAGGAUUGAGGUGAUGCCAAUCGUAGGGAUGGGGGGAUUGGGGAAGACAACACUGGCAAAGAUGGUGUACAGCGACUUCAGGGUCCAUCAGCACUUUGAGCUGCUCAUGUGGCUCUGUGUGUCAGAUGAUUUCAGUGUCACUGCUAUAGUAAAAUCCAUCAUUGAAUCGGCUACCAGGGACAACUGCACCUUGCCUGAUAGAAUCGAACUGUUGCGCGGCCGCCUACACGAAGUGGUAGGCCGCAAAAGGUAUCUACUUGUUCUUGAUGAUGUUUGGAAUGAGGAAGAACAGAAAUGGGAGGAUCUCAGGCCGUUGCUGCAUUCCGCUGGUGGUCCAGGAAGUGCAAUAGUUGUCACAACUCGAAGCCAACGGGUAGCAUCCAUAAUGGGCACACUUCCUGCUCACAUGCUAUCAUACUUAGACCAAGACGAUUCAUGGGAAUUAUUCCGAAAGAGAGCAUUCAGUAAAGAAGAGGAAGAGCAGCCAGAGCUUGCUGAGGUUGGUAAGCGUAUUGUCAGCAAGUGUAAAGGGUUGCCUCUUGCUCUGAAGACAAUGGGGAGCCUUAUGAGUUCCAAGAAGCAAAUCCAGGAGUGGGAGGCUAUUGCAGCAAGCAAGAGUUGGGAUGAUGUUGGGACCACAAAUCAGAUUCUAUCCAUACUAAAAUUGAGCUAUAGGCACUUAACACUUGAAAUGAAGCUAUGUUUUGUCUUUUGCGCAAUCUUCCCAAAGGACUAUCAGAUGGAGAGGGACAGGUUGAUCCAGCUGUGGAUAGCAAAUGAUUUUAUCCAAGACCAGGGGAUUAUGGAUUUGGAAGAGAGAGGAAGAUUUGUUUUCCAUGAGCUAAUGUGGAGGUCCUUCUUUCAAGAUGUAAAGGCAGAAACUUUUUAUGCCGGGACACAACAGUACAAGUCAAUUACAUGCUCCAUGCAUGAUCUAAUGCAUGACCUAGCAAAAUCUGUCACAGAGGAAUGCAUUCAUAUUCAAGAUUUAAACCAGCAAAAAGCCUCAAUGAAAGAGGUCCGUCAUCUGAUGUCAAGUUCUAACUUGCAAGAGAACAUUGAAUUAAUUGAACAUGUGGAACGGCCUCUUCACACAUUACUGUCACCAUAUUGGUUGCCGUCAUCAUCGCUACCCAGAAAUAUCAAGAAAUUAAACUUUACGUCUUUACGAGCAUUGCAUAAUGCUAGCUUGCAUAUUUCUCCAAAGGUGUUAGCAAACAUAAGACAUUUGCGUUACCUUGAUCUUUCCAAUUUCAGAGAGCUAGUAAUAUUAUCCGAGUCAAUAUGUAUGUUAUACAGCUUGCAAACUUUGAGGCUAACUCAAUGUGAGAAUCUUGAACAUUUACCAGAGGGUAUGAGAUUUAUGAGCAAGCUUAGGCAUCUUUAUCUUGAUGGUUGUCGUAGCUUGAAACGCAUGCCACCAAGAAUUGGUAUGCUAAAGAACCUCUGGACUCUUACCAAAUUUGUUGUGGAUAGAGAAGAUGGACGUGGGCUUGAAGAACUGAAAGACUUGCAGCAUCUAUGUGGCCGGUUAGAACUGUUUAAUUUGAAUGCUGUACAAAGUGGGUUAAAUGGAAGAGAAUCCAAUCUCCAUCUGAAUCAAAAUGUAAAUGAGUUGCUGUUGUACUGGUGUCGCGAUAGAUCUGAGUGCAGAGGCCAUGAUGUUGUUGCCAACAAAAAGGAUAUCUUAGAGUUUACUCUACCUACUAGCAAACUUGAAUCAUUGCGAGUAUACGGCUCUGGUCAUAUUGAGAUGUCAUCAUGGAUGAAAAACCCCAAAAUUUUCCUUUGCCUAAAAGAACUCAGCAUGUCUGACUGCUGGAGAUGCACGGAUCUUCCGCCGUUAUGGCAGUCUGGCUCUCUUGAGUCCUUGUCUUUAUCCCGUUUGGAUAAUUUGACCACAUUAUCUAGUGGCGUUGACAUGGUUGUUCAAGGAUGCAAUGGUUCCCUGGAAUUUUUCCCAAAGCUGAAGAGGAUGUCUUUAAAUUACUUACCAAACUUAGACAGAUGGAUAGACAACGAAGUAGCAAUUACAACAGUGAUGUUCCCUGAGCUCAAAGAAUUAACAAUUGGCAAUUGCCCAAAGCUAGUGAAUAUUCCAAAGGCUCCUAUUCUACGAGAGCUGGAUAUAAACCAGUGCAAAAUUGAGGUGAACUCACUCAGCCAUCUGACAGCACUAUCCCAACUCAAGUAUCAUGGUGACUGGUGUGUUUCCACAGAUGCGCAAGUUAUACCAUUAAGCUGUUGGCCAUCUCUUGUGACAUUACAUCUAGGCCUUUUAGGGAACUUGGUUCUCCCAGAGGAGAAGCAGACCAUGCCCCCUCUGGAAUCAAUUCGACAGCUUUGGUUAUCGUAUUCGAAUUGUUUCUUCUCACGUAAUUCGUCAAACUGGCUGUUUGGUUUCGGGGAUUGCUUUGCCUUUCUGGAAGAAUUGGUGAUAGUUUCAUGCGACGAUCUUGUCCAUUGGCCUGUGAAGGAGCUCCGUGGAUUGAAUUCACUUCGACAUGUAGAGUUUAGUUAUUGCAAGAACCUGAUCGGUUCACCGUCAUCAUCAGAAGAGUCCUUGUUUCCACUGGGGCUGGAAACAUUACAUCUAAAUUUUUGCAAGAACUUAUCAGAGAUUCCCAAGCUGCCUGCUUCACUGGAGAUACUGGGCAUUAAUGAAUGCACUUCUUUGGUUUCUCUGCCAACAAAUCUUGGAGACCUUGCCAAGUUGAGAUACCUCAAGUUAUUUUCCUGUGUGAGUUUGAGAAAAUUGCCUGAAACCAUGGAUGGCCUCAUUGCUCUUCAGGAACUGUAUGUUCAGCAGUGCCCUGGGGUAGAGACACUGCCAUUGAGUCUUCUUCAGCGGCUGCCACACCUCAGGAAGCUAAUGACACUAGGAAGUCACAAGUUGGAUAGGCGUUGCAGGAGAGGAGGGGAGUACUGGGAGUUUGUCUCCAAAAUUCCAUGUCUAAAUAGAGACUUCAUUGAAGCGAAAUCCAACGACAAGGGCUUUGCAAAGAGAUUAGUUCCUUGCUGCUCAACUCUCAACUGAGCGUCUCUCGAUAUCGCAAAUUUGUCUACCUUCGCUCGCUGGCUGCCUCAGGCAACUGAAGUCACCAACGAGGAACGAACCCCAC